CCCCGUCCCUUUCCCUUCCAAAUUUGAACCCAAAUCUUUCCUCUUUCCUCUUUCCUCUGUCUCCCUACAUCUCUUUCUUGCUUAACCAAAACAUUCGCAUUCAUAGCAAACUAACUUUUGGCCCAUAAUCCUGACCAGCUCUUCUUUUCUGGCCAUGGCGACGAAGCGAGGAUGGUUCAAGAGGCUGAACAAGGGCUACAGCUGGCCGUGGAAGCUCCGCUUCUCCACCUCCUGGCGGUGGAGGCGCGUCACCCUCCGCUUCUCCUUCUUCGACGACGUCGUCUUCCACGUCCUCUAUUUCCUCGAAGCUAUCUUUCUCGUCGCUGCCUUCAUCUGCUUCUUCCUCUGCUGCGGCUGCCACAUCUAAUCCUUCCGUUCUCUUUUUCUCUACCUUUCUCUCUUUGUACACGCAUGUCCCAUCAUUCGUUUCUAGACUAAAAGAAAAGAACGAUUUUGCCCUUCUCUUCCUUUAAAAGGCGAUGACUUUGGAACUACAGGGUGCGUGGAUAAUUUGGAUGCUAGACUCGUGGAUUGGGUUCGUUGUAUCAUAUAGGGUUGUAUUGUAUUGAUUGAUGGAGAGCGGGGGUUAUCCGACACCGAUCCGGCCCGGUCUGACUCGUGUUGGCUGGAUCGGAACCGGGGUCAUGGGCGCCGCCAUGGCCGGUCGGAUCCAGUCCGCCGGCUACGUCCUCACCGUCUACGCCCGGACCCCUUUCAAGGCCGCCCGCCUCGACAGGUUCGGCGCCCAGAUCGUCUCCUCCCCGGCCGACGCCGCCCGGUCCAGCGCCGUCGUCUUCACCAUGGUCAGCCACCCCUCCGACGUCCGAUCCGCCGUCCUCGACCCCGACUCCGGCGUCCUUUCCACCCUCCCGGCCGGCGGCGUCCUCGUCGACACCACCAGCAGCGACCCGUCCCUCGGUCGCGAGAUCGCGGCGGCCGCCCGGUCCAAGGGCUGCUGGGCCAUAGACGCGCCCGUCUCCGGCGGGGACGUCGGAGCCCGGGACGGGAAGCUGGCGAUCUUCGCCGGAGGCGCUGAGAAGGUGAUCGAGUGGCUUUCGCCGCUGUUCGAGAUCAUGGGAAAGGCGACGCGGAUGGGGGAGGCGGGGAGCGGGCAGAGCAGCAAGAUAGCCAACCAGAUCACCGUGGCGGGGAGUCUUCUUGGUCUCAGCGAGGCGUUGGUGUUCGCCGAGGAGGCGGGGCUGGGGAAGAGAAUUUUCUUGGAGUCAUUGAGGGGCGGAGCGGCGGCGUCUAGCGUGAUGGAGAUCUUUGGGGAGAGGAUGCUCGACAGGGACUUCAGGCCUGGGGCGUUUGUGGAGUAUAUGGUGAAGGAUUUGGGGAUGGGAUUGGGACGAGGUGAAGUGGAGGAAGAAGGGGAGAGGGUGGUGUUGCCGGCGGCGGCGCUGUGCGAGCAGUUGUAUCUGGGGAUGGUGGCCAGUGGAGAUAGGGAGAUGGGGAUUCAAGGACUUCUUACUGCCAUUGAGAGGAUCAAUGGGAAGAAGGGUUAGUCUGCAGAGCUUCAUGGAGUAUUUGUGAAUUGGGAUCAUGUUUGUGUUUCUUGAUGUCAUUUUGGUGAGUAACACGAGAUCUAAUUGAAUGUCCUGAUGCUUCUAUUUUGGUUACGGAAUGGUGUGAUGAAGUGUUGGAAUUUUGUAAAUUAUGUUUGUGGGCUGCUAAUUGUUGUGGUUAUCUUAAACGCUUUUUUCUUUGCUGUAGAUAUUUUUGAAGAUGAGUUUGGUAAAUCUUCCUUUGCUAGAA